CGGUAGGAAGACAGCCUCGUGGUGGUAAACACCAUGGCGUCCACGAGCAGACGACGAGGACCCGCGGCAUACCCACCCUUCGAGCCUCUUCCUGAUUGGAAACAAGAGGACUUAAAGCGUUCACAUGCGGUUUGGCACUGGGUGGUUAAAGGUCAGGAGUGGGGUGUGGUGGGGGGUGGAAACUUCCUCAAGCGUUGCCGCCUAUGCGACGAGGUGUUUCCCGGUUCAUGAUCGAAGGGCAGUGGAACACUUCACGAAAACGAAGGUGCAUUGCCCUCGACGGACGACUGAGAUACUAUGGCGCUUGCAGCGCCACGGAGCACAACUUCGGGAUUCUUUGUCGCAGAGGUUGGCCACGGAGUAUGCAGAUGCGAUGGAGGAGGAACUGGCCGUGGAGGAUCUGGUUGGACGUGGCACUGUUGCGCUCGCUGAUGCGGCCGCCACGCAGACACAAACCAAUGGAGGAGAGGACGGGAGAGGUGCUACAGGGCCACAUGGUGGGCAACAAGACUAUCCUGCCAGAGAUGUCGCGGAUGAUGUUCGUGAGCGUUUGCGAGCGCUCGUCGGUAUGGGGGAUGGAGGUGACGAGAGGGGGGCGAGAGGGACUCAUACCACAUCGACGGCCUCCACACAGGUCGCACUCCGAGGAAGACAAACGACCUUGGAUCCGCUUUUGGGAAACAAGGUGCAAAAUGAUCUCGAUCGUUUGUUGACACUUGCAAUGUACCGCGGCGGCGUGCCGUUCAACUGGCUACGGCUGAAGGAGACACAAAACUAUUGGGACUACAUUGUCAGACUCAUGCGGCCGUGCAUCGUACCAGCACCACGCCUGCUCUCGUACGAGGGAGUGAGGACGAGGAUGAUGGAUAUUAUAUACCACGAGGUUGCAGCACUCAUCGCCCCUCAGAAGGCAAAGUGGAAGGACACCGACUGCACCUUGAUGACUGACGGUGCCACGGACCACCGCAACAAGCCGAUAAUGAACUUCAUCGCAACACAGAAAUCAGGGUCAAUCCUUAUCCGCACCAUCGAUAUGUCGGCACGAGACAAGACAGGCGUGAGUUUGGCAGAGAUAUGGGAGGGGGUGAUACGAGAUGACAUAGGGGUGGAGAAUGUGAACGCCAUCUGCACAGACAACGCAGAGGUUAUGAAGGUUGCAGCGAGUAUUCUGCAUGACCACCCGGACCCUGCCAUCACACGUAUCCCUUGGAUCCCUUGCGUAGCGCAUUGCUUGAGCUUGCUGCUUAGAGACAUUGCGGCACAACCAUGGGUCGCUGAAGUGAUAAAGAAAGCGCAUAAGAUCAUCAAGUUUAUGCGGAACAAGUAAAAGGCGCUCCAUAUUCAUCGAUCCGCGAAAGGCGCCUUGGACCUG